CCAGAAGUUCGACAGAGGUUUGGUGGUUCUGUUGGAGAUAAAGGGCAAAGCAGCACACAGGCUCCUGAUGCUCCUAAAUUUUACAACUCUUCUUGGUGGGAAAAGGACGACUUGGAGCGCAUGGAUGAAGAUCAGCUUAAGGUGUUGAAGUGCAUGACUGAGUCCAUGUUCAAUAAGUGGAAGGCACGGCUUGCAGGAUUGGAAAACGUGGAGCCCCAAUGUGGAGAGGAAUGAGUAGCUUUCACGAAAUUGGAUGUAAU